UCCUGAAAUCCUCUUCCCCUUUUGGAUCAAUGGGGAUUUGAAGCCCCAAAGUUGUGCUGAGCUGCGCCCUCCUAUGGGGAUGGGUUUGGGGACCCCAGGGUGUGGGGUGGGGGGGGAUUGCUCUGUGCCAUGUGUCCCACUGGGAGGAAUUCAGGACAGAAAGCCUCAGCGAAACCAACAGUCUGUUGUUUGCAAACGAGUUCUCUUUAUUUUUAUAUUUAAUUGCUCUGGGGGAUUGUUUUUAUAUGAAACCUUUUAGGGCCGUGGGAAGGAGCGGCGUUCUGCAGCUGCCUCGUCGCUGUGUGUCCGACUGCGUUUUCCUCUCGCGGUGUACGAUGGGCCCCGCUGGAAAAACGGCCUUUUUUAAAGCGCUUUUAUGUUUUCGUUUUCAAUAAAAGGAACGAAGCGACGCAGCAUGGCUCAGGCUGUCACCUGGCUCAAGUGGCUGUGCGGGGCCAGGGAGUGCCCCCAAACCUCAGAGGCCCCACUCAACCCUCCCCGGGAGACACUGUUCCGACAGGAGGGACCCGGGGGGGUGACGUUCCGCAUCCCAGCGCUGCUCCAUGUGCCCCCCCGCAUCCUCCUGGCCUUCGCUGAGAAGCGCUCCUCCACCCGGGAUGAGGAUGCAGAGCUCCUGGUGCUGCGCCGGGGGUGGUGGAAUGGGCACAGGGUGGAGUGGGGCCCUAUGGAGGAGCUAACCAAGCUGACCCUCCCGGGUCACCGCACCAUGAACCCCUGUCCGCUGUACGAGGCCGCGAGCGGCACCGUCUUCCUCUUCUGCAUCUGCGUGGAGCGCCACGUCACCGAGUGGCACCAGAUCAUGGUGGGACGCAGCGCGGCGCGGCUCUGCUGCUCCUCCAGCCCGGACCACGGCCGCACCUGGAGCCCUCUGCGGGAUCUCACCGACGAGGCCAUCGGUGACGACCGGCCCCGCUGGGCCACCUUUGCCGUAGGGCCGGGCCAUGGGGUGCAGCUGGAUUCGGGCCGCCUGGCCGUGCCGGCGUACGCCUACUACGUGCACGGACGGCUGUGUGGUGUCCCAUUGCCCUGCUGCACCCGCCCGCACUCCUUCAUCUUCUACAGCGACGACGGUGGAUGGAGCUGGCAGAAGGGUUCUCUGCUGCGGGGCAUGCGGACCGGAGAGUGUCAGGUGGCCGAGAUCAAGGCCAAGGAUGGAGGGACGCUGCUCUACUGCAGUGCCCGUCGGCCAUGCCGCUGCCGGGCCGCGGCCAUCAGUGUUGACCAUGGCCAACGCUUUGGCCUCCCAGCGCGGUGCCCGGCGUUGUGUGAACCGCCGCAUGGCUGCCAGGGCAGCGUGGUCAGCUUCGUACCAACCACCAUUGGGUGUCCUGUAGGCACCACUGACACCGAGAGCCGUAGUGGGGACACCCAACAUUGGCUGCUCUGCUCGAACUCAACCAGCCAGCGCCUACGACGCAAUUCAGGCAAUGAGAGUCCCAAUGGGGACACCCAGCGUGGUCUGCUCUGCGCUAUGCCCCCCACCAUCGUUGGGUGUCCUACAGGCACCACCAGCCCCGAAAGUCCCAAUAGGGUCACCCAACUUUGCUACCACCCAACCAACCAGCAACAACACUGUGAUUUAGGGCUCGACGUCAAUACCAUGCCACACAAUGAGUGUCCUAUAGGCACCACCAGCGCCGAGAGCCCCAAUGGGGACACCCAGCGUUGGCUGCUCUGCUCCAACCCAACCAACCAGCUCCAGCAAUGUGAUUUAGGGACCAAGAGCCCCAAUGGGGACACCCAGCGUUGGCUGCUCUGCUCCAACCCAACCAACCAGCUCCAGCAAUGUGAUUUAGGGACCAAGAGCCCCAAUGGGGACACCCAGCAUUGGCUGCUCUGCUCCAACCCAACCAACCAGCUCCAGCAAUGUGAUUUAGGGACCAAGAGCCCCAAUGGGGACACCCAGCGUUGGCUGCUCUACUCCCACCCCACCAACCGGCGCCACCGCCGUGAUUUGGGGCUCUAUGUCAACACGGCGCCACCUAACGAGGAGGGCUGGUGGCACCCACGGGUGCUGCAGGAGGGACCUUGUGGGUAUUCUGACCUGGCCGUGUGCCCCGAUGGGGUCUUUGGGUGCUUGUUCGAGUGCGGGGAGGUCAGCGCCUGUGAGGAGAUCGCCUUCUGCCUCUUCACGUUGGGCACCAAUGGAGGCACCAAAGGUGGUGAAGGCAGUGAGACUCCAUGCCUUGGGGAAGAACCUGUUUUUGGGGUUUUGUCCCCAAGGAGCACUGGGGAGAGCUCAGAGGAAGAUUUUAGGGAUGCGAACCCAGCGGAGGAGAAGCAGCGUUGCGAGGCUUUUAAUUAACACUUUUCUAUUUAUUGACUGACGCCCAUCGUUGGGUUGGCAGUGGUGUAGAAAGGAACUGGGUGUGAUGGGGCAUGGGGGGACGGCAGCACACUCCAGUGCCCAAAACUUCUUAGAAAUCAACAUUUUAGGGGGUGUGGUGGAGUUGGGUUGGGGUUGGACUUGGGGUCUCAGAGGUCUUUUCCAACUUCAAUGAUCCUGUGAUUUUCAGCUGGGGAAAACCCAAAGUCAGAGAUGAGUUACAAGUUCCUGACUCUAUUACGUGCUGUGAGAGAGUAUUUCUCCUUUUUUAGGGUUUUCCCCCUGUUUUUCCAUUGCCUGAUGCCUGCUCAGAGCCAAGCUCUGUCUCUGCCCAACCACAGGGGACAGGCGGUGGCCACAUCCCUGGGCUGGUGAUGGCAGCUCAGCACGGGUCCACAUCCUUGUGCCACCAGCAAAUAAAAACUCCAAAAAGGACAGAA